AUGUUCGCCGCACGCGCUGAUCAGGAGAAUUUGGCCUAUGCCCAUCAAGCUGCUGCUGCUGCCAAACCAUUGAAUCAACAGGCAAAAACUCCCGCCAACAAGGCUCCCAAGACGCCCUUCCGCCGCAAUCAAAAUGACGAAAACGACGCUUUCCAAUCUGGUUUCAAGACAACAAAGACGACAAAGAAGGCCAAUCUGGAUCCUAAUGCCUUCAUCACCCCUGCAGGCCCACGCAAUCGCGCUCCCCUGGGCAUGAAGACGACCAAUGCCAAGGCAAAGACUCCGGCUCCCUUGACCAUCAAAGCAUCUGCUCAGAAGACCCUCAGCCCUCGACUGCGCAGGCAGAAGGUCAAGAUUCACCAGGCCGAACCUGUCCAGCAGGAG